AGAAUGGCGCGUACGAAGCAGACGGCGCGUAAGUCGACGGGCGGGAAGGCGCCCCGCAAGCAGCUGGCCACCAAGGCGGCCCGCAAGAGCGCGCCGGCCACGGGCGGCGUGAAGAAGCCGCACCGCUACCGGCCCGGCACGGUGGCGCUGCGCGAGAUCCGGCGCUACCAGAAGUCGACGGAGCUGCUGAUCCGCAAGCUGCCCUUCCAGCGCCUGGUGCGCGAGAUCGCGCAGGACUUCAAGACCGACCUGCGCUUCCAGAGCUCGGCCGUGAUGGCGCUGCAGGAGGCGAGCGAGGCCUACCUGGUGGGGCUCUUCGAGGACACCAACCUCUGCGCCAUCCACGCCAAGCGCGUCACCAUCAUGCCCAAGGACAUCCAGCUGGCCCGCCGCAUCCGCGGUGAGCGCGCCUGAGGCUCCUGCCCUGCCACCGCCAAACCCAAA